AUGUCUGAUAAAACAUGUCGUUAUAACAACACACAUGGAGCUUUUAAUCGACGAGAAAUAAGGAUGUUGGCUCAAGCAUUAGGACUACCAGAAGAACGUAUUGAUAAAAGAUUAAAUACACUUGAAAUUGGAGAAACAAUUCAAAUUCCAGAAUUAUUAGAUUUGAUUGAAAAAGGCAUAUUUAUUACUGAUUUUAAUUAUAUGUAUAAUAGCCAAAGUGGUCGAUAUAAUAGUGUUGUUUUGUCUAAAGCUCUUCAAUUAGUCGAUUCACAUUUAUUUAGUUUUAAUGAUAUAUUAAAAGCUCGUCUUGCUUUUAACAUAUAUGAAAUGAAUGUAUCAAACAAUGACAAAAGAAAUUUCGAAUUAAUUUUAAGAACAAUUAAAUUUUGUGAUUAUCAUAUAAGUGCUUUAAAACUUGAACGAUGUUUAUAUCAUUAUCGUUUAAAUAAUUCAAGAAUAUUACACUUAUGUGAAUAUUUUGAUCUUUUAUUAAUUUGUAAACGUGAUAAUAACAAUUCACAAUCAUUUUCAAGAAAAAUUAUUGAUUUAUCUGAUCCAAAACCUAUUGAUCAACAAAUGAUGGAUGAAUUAAAUACAAAAUAUUUACGUGAUGAACGUAAUUGGUUUUUACAAGAAAGUUUUUCUAAACAAAAAAUUAUCGAAAAUUCAAUAUGGCCAGCAAAACUUGCUCAUCAACAUCAGGCUAAUAUAGCUUCCAUACGAAAAGCUCAACUUCAAAGACAAUUAUCAGCAAGUAUAUCAUCAUUAAAACAAUCACGAGCUGGAAGUGCUUGUUCCUCACGAUCACAUUUAUUAUCUUCAAGUCUUCGUCAAUCUCGUCCUGUAUCACAUUGUUCAUUUACAUCUUUAACACCAAUAAUUAUUCGAAGUAGCCUUAGUUGUAGUGCACAAUCAAAUCGAACAAUAAUAUCCGAAAAUGAAACAAAACCAAAUGAAAUAGAACCAGAAGAACCAAAACCAGAUGAAAUAAAACCAAGUGAAACAAAAUCAAAUGAAAUAAAACUAGAUGAAAUUUCGAAUCGUAUACAACAAUUACAAUCUGAAUCAGCAUUUUUAACAAUUAAAUAUGCUUUAUAUCGAGAAGAUUACAUGAAUGAACUUUUACCAAAUGGUUAUUCUAAAUCAAUAAUAAUUUCUAAACCUAUUGGACGUCAACUUAAAAAACCUAAAUCAUUAGUUCAUUGGUCACGUCGAGCUACUACACAUAAUACUAUAAUAUAG